AAAAAAAAACUUUUAGGCUUAGCUUUUAAAACACAGUCGCAGUUUCUCUCUGUGGCGGCUCCGUUUCUUCUCCCACGGGACUCUCUGAUCUGCCGAUUAGGGUUUUGAUCUCUAGGGUUUCGAUCUGAAACCUCCGGAUCUACGCGAGAAAGGGAUUUUUCACGAAUUUAGAAUAAUGUCUGCGACGGCGACCCAACCUCAACAACACGAGCAGAAGAAGAAGCAAUCGGAGCCUGGGGAAGACGCGUUGAAGAAGAACACCGAUUGCGUUUACUUUCUCGCAUCUCCUUCAACCUGCAAGAAGGGAGCUGAGUGUGAGUAUCGCCACAGUGAGUAUGCGCGUGUCAACCCAAGGGAUUGCUAUUAUUGGAUGAGUGGCAACUGCUUGAAUCCCAAGUGUGGCUUUCGCCAUCCUGCUUUGGGUAAUCUUGGAGGUCUUCCUGCUGGUUCUGUACCGCCUUCACAUGCUGCUGCUGCUGUGAAACAGCCGUUUCCGUGUGUUUUCUUCCAAAAGGGCAUGUGUGCGAAAGGAGAUAUGUGUUCAUUCAUGCACACCCCGAAUGCUGCUGGUUAUAAGAAGCAGCAUCCUGUAGAAGCUAAUCCUGCUGCUGCUGCUGCUGCUGCUGAUCCUCAGUUUUCUACUCGGGAGAAGAAACUGACUCAUGCUAGUCUCCCAAAGGCUGUUGACAUGUCGGUUGCACCCAGAGUCACACCUGCUAUAAGGGAUAGUAGAGGUGUAGAGGGAUAUACUUCGAAGCAUGUGGGAUAUGAGCCUCUCGUGGGUGUUCCUCCUUUAACUGAUGGAAGCCAUCACAAAUAUGGAUCUGAUGAUAGUAACAGUUUCCACAAUGGUAAGGACGCAGAUGACGUCUUGAGGGAGUCGUCUCCUGGGUUUGAUGUUUUUGUCGAUAACGAGGCUACGGAUUCUGAGUAUUAUCAUGUUGGCGAUGGUUAUGGAAGGAGAAGUCAGGAGGGGCGGAACUCUUUGAAUGAGUAUGACCCUGAUUUUAGUGCAAUUGCUGAUCAGCGUUUUGAUUCAUAUGAGCGGAGGGAAGACAGGCACGCGUGGGGCCACAGUCGUUCUUCUGAGAGAGGAGAUCGUUCGGAAAGGAGGGCUUACGUCGAAAAGGAAGGAUCAGAGAACAUACUUGCAUCAGACCUGAGAUAUCGCUUGGCUAAGAGGAAAGGUAAUGACUAUACUGCUCCCGAGUCUUCAAUGGAAAGAGGAAAUAGAGACUCUCGCAGGAAUACACCGAGGGAAAGCUCCAUUAGCAGCAGCCGUCUUCAGGGUAGAAUUAAGCUUCGUGAGAGAAGCAUUGACGACGAAGCUCACUUUGGUAGGAGGGUUGAGAGAGGAAGGGACAAAAGCGACUUAUCUCAAAGCAGACUCCGAGAUAGAAUUAAUGGUAGGUCAGAGGAAAACCACAGUGGUCAUCAGGAAAGAGAUCUCCGAGCUCCUUGGGUGAGAAGAAGAGAGAUGGAAGAGGGCUUUUCAAUUUCUAAAGGCAGCAAGAAAGAGGAAAGUAAGACAGAGACAUCUCUUGGGAAGAGAAAAAGCUUGGAGGAGGAUGACCAUCCUCGUAAGCGAUCAGGAGAUUCAUUUGCAGCUCCAUUGCCUUUCAGUGAGAUUCUCAAGAGAAAAAGAGCGGCUGCAUCUGGUGGUAGCAUCAAGAACAAGGACCAGACUCCUGAAGAAACUGUAUCGAAAGAAGAAGCUGGAGAUGAGACCAAACUCAUAGCAGAAGAGAAAACUGAGGUUGUGACUGAACCCAAUCCAACCCACGAAGCUGGACUAGAAGAAGGAACGAUUAUGGAGGAAGGAGAAGAAGUGAAUGGAGAAGAGGAGCAAGUGUAUGAAGAGGAGGAGCAAGCUUAUGAAGGCGAUGAGCUAAACGGAGAGUACUAUUACGAAGAAGAUGGACAAUACGCCUAUGAAGAAGGCGAAGAAGUUGUUUACGAGGCUGAGGAAGGAGAAGAAGCAACAGAAGGAGGUGAAGCGGAGGGUGAGGAAGACAUUGAGAAGAAGACUGCUGGGAUGUUGUCGUAGAAAAAGAAGCUUUUGAAGGAGGAAAUGACGAAAUGAUUUCAUUGAUGGUGUGUGACAAAAAAGCUUCGCUCCUUCUGGCUUCUGCUAAAUGCAAAUCAUGAGAGCAAAUGAUGCUAAGUCGCUUUUAUCUUCUUUGGCUUGACAGUGAGUUUUAAUUCGCAAUGUUUUUCCGUUAUGAUUUCUUAAAGUGUAACUGUAGAAGAAAGAAAAGAAACAAUAGUACAAUUACAACCCACAAAUUCUAAAUUUUUGUUUCUUAUUUUAAAAGCUA